AUCAAUCUCUUUUCGGUGCGAAAAGUACAGGCAAAAUGACCUCUGAAAGCAAGAUGGUGCUGCUCUUCCUCAUCGGCUGUCUGGUCAUGCAGACAAUCAACGCCGGGCCCUUCGACAGGUUCAGUCGGGAGGACGAUGAUCGGAACAACGAGAUCAGCGGAGAAUGGUUCAAGAAGCCCAUUCUCAGGUUGGAUCGUCUCUUUAGUAGCCGCGAAUCGCCGUCGGGAAGCCAGAAGGAGGUGGUCAGACCCAGCAGAAGCGAUAAGGGUGAAACCACGGAGAGCUCCAAGCACGCCCACUCCAUGAUCACCUCGAUGCUCGGUUUCUUCAGCAGUAUGAUCAACUUUGGCAGGUCCUUCGUAAGGGAUGAAUAAAAAACAUCCUAGACUUAUGCAAAUAGCUAUAAAACUCGUAAUACAAAUCUCGUGAUUCCAAUUGCCACAUGUUGUAGCUUAAAAUAUUGUUGUACAUUCAUAAAUAAAUAUCUAAAAGGACUGAUUUUAAAGCCA